CCAAACUCGCUGCGCUCCGAUCACUGCUGCAACUUUUGCAGAGACUCCUCACUCCACAGACAUGUCGCACAAUAGCUGAAGUAAACCUGUCAUCGCGGCUCUCCAUUCGGGCCAAAUUACGCCGCAGGUGAGGAUCUACGGACGCGCAGCCCGGUCGCUCCUUGGCCGCUUUCCUCGCAUCGGACCCCGGCUUUUUUUUUCUUUUUUUUUUUCUUUAAACCGGCCUGGAUAUGAAUUAUGAGCAUUUUCUCCACUAAUGAACCGGGCCAGUGAUGCAGGAGACCGCGGCGACCCUCUCAUCAGUGUUUCAAGAUGGCAGAUUUUUAUUGAGUUUUGAUCAGAAAGCUCGCUUUAUUCUUUGCCAUGAAUAACAGGAAUCCUUGCACCGAUGGCCCCUGUAUACGAAGGUAUGGCCUCGCAAGUGCAAGUGUUCUCCCCUCACACUCUCCAGUCAAGUGCCUUCUUUAGCGUAAAGAAACUGAAGGUGGAGCAGAGCUGUAACUGGGAUAUGACAGGGUACGGCACGCAUAGCAAAGUCUACAACAGCAGCAAGAACGUGUCGGCCACUGGUGGCGCUCCUCUAGGCCUCAGCGGCUCCGCCCUGCCCUACGAGCAGACCCUGAUCUUCCCGGCCAGCGCUGGCCACAUCGUGGUCGCCUCGGCCAGCAGCACCUCGGGGGCCGUCGGCUCUCUGCUGGGCAGCAGCGGUGGAGACAGCAGCGGUGGUAGCGGCGGCGGCGGAGUCCACAACCUGACGCGGCGCAGCACGGUGAGCCUCCUGGACACCUACCAGCGAUGCGGGCUUAAGCGCAAGAGUGAAGAGCUUGACAACAACAGCAGCGUGCAGAUCAUUGAGGAGCACGGCCCAUCCAUGAUCCAGAACGGUGGAACCAGCGGAGCCACAGCGGCCACCGCCACCUCCACGGCGACAUCCAAGAACAGCGGCUCCAACAACGAGGGCGACUACCAGCUGGUGCAGCACGAGGUGCUCUGCUCCAUGACCAACACCUACGAAGUCUUGGAGUUCCUGGGGAGGGGAACCUUUGGCCAGGUGGUCAAGUGUUGGAAGAGGGGAACCAAUGAGAUAGUGGCCAUCAAGAUCCUAAAAAACCACCCAUCGUACGCGCGGCAGGGUCAGAUCGAGGUCAGCAUCCUGGCGCGCCUCAGCACAGAGAGCGCAGACGACUACAACUUUGUGAGAGCCUACGAGUGCUUCCAGCACAAGAACCACACGUGCCUGGUGUUUGAGAUGUUGGAGCAGAACCUGUAUGACUUCCUCAAGCAGAACAAGUUCAGCCCGCUGCCGCUCAAGUACAUCAGACCGGUGCUCCAGCAGGUCGCCACGGCGCUGAUGAAGCUGAAGAGCCUGGGGCUGAUCCACGCCGACCUGAAGCCGGAGAACAUCAUGCUGGUGGAUCCUUCGCGUCAGCCCUACAGGGUCAAAGUCAUUGACUUUGGUUCAGCCAGCCACGUGUCCAAAGCAGUGUGCUCCACCUACCUGCAGAGCAGAUACUACAGGGCUCCAGAGAUCAUCCUGGGCCUGCCGUUCUGUGAGGCCAUAGACAUGUGGUCGCUGGGUUGUGUAAUAGCUGAGCUGUUUCUGGGAUGGCCUCUCUACCCCGGAGCCUCCGAGUAUGACCAGAUUCGGUACAUCUCACAGACGCAGGGUCUUCCGGCAGAGUAUCUGUUGAGUGCAGGGACGAAGACCACCAGGUUCUUCAACAGAGAUCCAGAUUCCACCUAUCCCCUCUGGAGACUGAAGACUCCGGAAGACCACGAGGCUGAGACGGGGAUCAAGUCCAAGGAGGCUCGCAAGUAUAUCUUCAACUGCUUGGAUGAUAUGGCACAGGUGAACAUGACAUCAGACCUGGAAGGAAGCGACAUGCUGGCGGAAAAGGCAGACCGGAGGGAGUUCAUUGACCUGUUGACCAAGAUGCUGACUAUCGACGCUGACAAGAGGAUCACCCCCAUCGAAACGCUCAACCACUCCUUCGUUACCAUGUCGCAUCUCCUCGAUUACCCUCACAGCACCCACGUAAAGUCAUGCUUCCAAAACAUGGAGAUCUGCAAGCGUCGCGUCAACAUGUACGACACAGUCAACCAGAGCAAAACGCCCUUCAUCACCCAUGUGGCCCCCAGUACCUCCACCAACCUCACCAUGACCUUCAACAACCAGCUGAACACUGUGCACAGCCAGGCCACCAACCUGGCUCCCUCCUCCACCAACAAUGCCACCCUUUCCUUUGCCAGUCCUGACGUCUCCAUACUAAACUACCAAUCUGCACUCUACCAGCCCUCUGCCGCCUCCAUGGCGGCUGUGGCCCAGAGGAGCAUGCCGCUGCAGCCGGGUGCGCCGCAGCUCUGCGCCGCUCGGCCCGACCCCUUCCAGCAGGCGCUCAUCGUCUGCCCGCCGGGAUUCCAAGGUUUGCAGGCAUCCCCUUCCAAGCACACCAGUUACUCUGUGAGGAUGGAGAACGCGGUUCCCAUAGUGACGCAGGCUCCCGGUGCCCAACCUCUGCAGAUCCAACCUGGCCUCCUCACACAGCAGGCCUGGCCCAGCGGUACCCAGCAGAUCCUGCUGCCUCCAGCGUGGCAGCAGCUCACCCACACCUCCGUCCAGCAUGCCACCGUCAUCCCAGACUCCAUGGGCAGCACACAGACUCUCGCCAACUGGAGGAAUUCCCAUCCUCAUGGGAGCCAUUAUAAUCCCAUCAUGCAGCAGCCAGCCUUGCUGACUGGUCAUGUCACACUCCCAUCAAACCAGACUCUCAAUGUGGGCGUGGCUCAUGUCAUGAGGCAGUCAUCCAUCAAUAACAACUCCUCUUCCAAAAAGACCAAACAGCACCAGAUGUCGACCAGGAACGUGUCGACCUAUGAGGUGUCAUCCUCCCAGAUGGUGCUGUCGCCACAGCGAUCCAAGCGGGUGAAGGAGAACACGCCCCCUCGCUGCGCCGUGCUACAGAACGGGUCGGCGGCCCACUGCCCACCGGCACAGGGCUGCGCCGGAGGAGGGUGGGGCGCCAACGAAGCAGAACAGGCUUCAAGCACCACCCGCGACCAUCAGCACCAGCACCAUGUCCCCAGACAGACCAUCAUUAUCCCCGACACGCCCAGCCCCGCCGUCAGCAUCAUCACCAUCAGCAGCGACUCAGAGGACGACGACCAGAAGCAGAACAACGGCUCAUCUUCCAAGCACAGAAAGAACGUCAUCAGCUGUGUGACGGUCCAUGAUUCCCCAGAGUCAGACUGCUCCAGCCACAACAGCCCCUACAGCCUGGAGUCACGACCCCACAACCACAACAACAACAACAGCUAUGACACAAAAACCACCAUCCUGGACAACUACAACAAUGGGAACCCUCGCACAAUCAUCAUCCCUCCGCUGAAGACGCAGAACACUGAGGUGCCCAGCGAAUGUGAGCGGCUGAUGCCAGAUGGACUGAAUCAUCAGAAUAUAGCUUACAAGUUUAAAUCCUCCAAUGGAGUGACAGCGGGCAAUAAUCACAUACCAGGAGGCAUGGCCGGGGGCGUGGCCUAUCGACAGCAGCGCUCAGGACCACACCCACUUCAGCAGCAGCCACUCAAUCUCAGCCAGGCUCAGCAGCACAUGGUGGCUGAGCGAAAUGCAGGACACCGCCGGCAGCAGGCCUACAUCACCCCCAACAUCGCCGCUCAAGCCCCGUAUUCUUUCCAUCACAACAGCCCCUCCCACACGGGCGGCGUCCACCCGCACCUGGCCGCCACCCACCUGCCCAGCCAGCCCCACCUGUACACCUACACGGCCCCCGCCGCCCUGGGCUCCACCGGCACCGUGGCCCACCUGGUGGCGUCGCAGGGCUCGGCGCGCCACGCCGUCCAGCACGGGAGCUACCCCCCCAGCAUCGUCCACCAGGUCCCAGUCAGCGUGAGCCACCGCGUACUGCCGUCGCCCACAAUGCACCACAGCCAGUACCAGGCACAGUUCGCCCACCAGGCCUACAUCAGCGCCUCACCCGCCUCCACUGUCUACACUGGAUACCCACUGAGUCCCACCAAGGUCAACCAGUAUCCUUACCUCUAGAGACGAGCCGGACUGACACUGAAGGGGCCUGACCCCCGACCCAGCGAUGCUGCUUCCCGCACUGCAAAAACACAAAACCUCACCAAGAAUAUUUAGUCUAGGUUCUGGUGCAAAUAUAUAGUACUGUUGAAAUAAUACAAAAUACUUACAAGUAACUUUCUGUUGAAAUAAUACAAAACUUAAAAGUAACUUUUCAGCAUGAAAUAGGAGCUUGUUCAGUAAUUAAUUAAUAUUAUUGAUGUGAAAUUAUUGUAGGUAGAAUCUCCAAGUACUCAAGUAAGAGUAGCACCACUUCAACAAAUUUUUAUCCAAGUGAAAGUAAAAAGUAGUUGAGAAAUUACUCAAGUAAGAGUAGGAGAGUAUUUGGUAAUUGGUAAUAAAGCUACAUCAGUCAUUUAAUAUUUCAAAAUUACAUCAUCAGGCCGACAAAGUUAUGUGGAAUUUUAGGUAUUUUAAAGACCAAAAUAAAAAUAAUUCAUAUAACUAAUUAUAACAAAGUAACAAAAACAGGAAAAAAACACAUUUUUCCAAAUCAAUUCCUUUCAGUAAAUUUCAUAACUUAUGACCUUUUAACCAUAACUGCCAGUAUUUGUCUGGUGAAUUAUUAGCUGUUCUUGAUUCAGUGAAGUUACUCACACUGGGUUGGGUAUCCAGAAAUUUUACUCAAGUAAGAGUAAAAUUUACAAAAAGUAAAUGUUACUAGUUAUUACCCAACUCUGGUUAAUAUUGAUGAAAAUGAAGCUAUAAUUGAAAUAGUCUUCCAUUGGAACUAGACACUUUUCCUGUAUUAUAUUAUAAAUUAUAAUAUGAUAAAAGUAUUUUUUUCACUGUCAGAUUAUUUCACUUAUAACUAGUACUUUUUAUAUAAAUUAAGAAAUUAAGCUCCCAUACCUUGCUGAAAAGUUAGUUUUGUCUUAUUUCAGGUCUACUAAGAAAUUUGCACCAGUAACUGGAUCAUAAAUCUUGGUGAGAUUUUGUGUUUUUGCAGUGUUCAUCCUCCAUCCCAUCCUCUCCUCGACCUCAGACAUGAAAAGAGACAGAGGAACAUGCAACCCUCAUGAAGCUGUCAUGUGUAACUUGAAGAAGGAAUGACUGAACAGAAGGAAACGUGACUCAGAUCCUCUGGAGAAGAGAAAAAUGAUGCCGACUGUUUUUCUUCUUUUGACUAUUUUCCCCCCAGAAAAGGGCCAGUUCUGCUUUUGUUUCCCCUCCCUUUGCUUUCCUUUACAAAAGAAGCAACGUCUCAUUAGUUUUGUGGGGGAAGUUUCGAGGACAGCGGACAUUUUAAGAUUUAUUUAAUUUCUUUCCCCGCUCUCCUCUCCCAUCCCCCGCCUAAAUAUGUUUGGGACUGUUGAACAGGGGGGCGAUAUUGACUGGAAGUUUGAAUUCCCAAAAGCUUUGGGACUUGGUGAAAUACGGAAACCUGCUGCUCUUCAAAGAUAAAAAAAAUACUGAUGGCCUUGAACUGUCUUAGUAUUUCCAAAUCAGCGGAGGCGUGGGGUGAAAACGAAGAGAGGAAACCCCGCCCACUCCUCCUCCUCCAGCAGAGGAGGGAACUGGAAAUCUAACCAACAGAAGACAACAAAUCUUUUAGUGUAUUUAUAGAUAUUUUUUCCUUUGUUUUUUCCACCUUCAGUUUGAUCUAGGUGUCUUAGCUGGGCCCCGUGUAUAGAAUGUAGCAGUAUGCACCUGUUUUUAUUUCUUUUUUUAAUUCCCUUGAUACCAAUAGAGUUAUUUGUUAUUUUUUCUUCUUCAAUGUGAUUGCACAAAGUGGUUAUAAUAACAUAGGCAUGUACAACGUGAUUGUCUGUGUGCUACUGUCAGCCAUGUGUGUGUAGCUCAUCUCCACAGGAUCCUCCUCAAGUCUUUAGAUGUCGAUCGUCGUUCCCUCGUAGUGCCUUACAGAUUUACCGACACAGUUUACUCGGCUCGGGUCCCGAAAGCCGCGAGAGACUACGGCUAAACUUAGCGUGACGCGUUUUCCCCGGUUUCACAUCUUAAUUGGGACACUUGUAGGUUUCUUCCAGGUGUAGGUUCAGCCCUCGCUGUUUCACAACCAUAGCGUCCCGCAGAUGAUGAAGAUUAAUGUCAAAGCAGAAAUCACGCUGAGCUGUUUUUUUUUUUUAUUGUUAUUAUUCUGUGUGCAUGAGACCAUUUGUCUGGGGUACUUACCAAAGUCAGAGAUAAAGUCAUGUUACACUUCGUUCUGGAAAUUCAUGUAAAUAUAAUAGAUAGAUGUAGAGUGAAGCUGUCGCUGUUUUCCUCGUUUUCUGCUAAUCACGUGAGAAAACGUGCGUCUCAAUUCGGAAGCACAGACGUUAGCUCAGUUGUUUUGAGGUUACAGGACAAAGUUUGAGACAUAAUAGAGUUUUUGGUGCAUCUCAUGAAUUACAUUAUGACAAAAUGUUCAUAAAAACCUGAAAAAAAUUAUAUUUCAGUACUUUCUUUUUGUUAAUUUUAAUGAUUAUGGCUUGCAGCAAAUGAAACCCAAAAUUGAAUCUUUUAAAAAACUAGAAGGUACCAAAAAAUCUGACUUUUAAGAAAGAAACUUUAUACAUAAUUAUGGAGAAAACUGCUAUGAAUACUCACAACAAAAAGGGUAAAAUAUAGGUCAGAAAUUUUGCUGUUCCAAGCUUAUUCAUAGAAAACUCAGUGGAAGGGAAAAGUAUGGCUAAUCUAGCACAGUAAUACAGCAAUUAUUAAAACAGAUAUUUGUAGUAUACCCAUGUACUGUACAUGUCCUGUCAGAAAAUAAAACUAGACUAUAAAAAGCUAAAAAUGUGUAUUCUAUUUUCCUCCAGACUCUGGGAUGUUGAUUUUCAAAUGAAUCUCAAAUUUGCUUUAAAAAAAUUAUCUGAAAAGAUUAUGUUUUUAACCGGUCUUUUUCCUUCCACUCAACUUUCCACCAAUAUUCUUAUUGGCUGACUCUGUCAACGAGUCAGCCAUCUUUCCUUUGAUUUUGUGAGUUUCUAUUAGUCAUAAUCAUUACACUUUAGAGAAAUAAAUCACUAUUUUCUUCAACAAAUGCUAAUUUCUUGAGAUGCACCUGUAUUUUUCAAGGUUAAGAGCUAGUCUGAGAGAAGGGCCUGACAGAAAGUGAUUGUUGCCAUGAGGUAGUUCAACAGACAGAGCACAGAGGGAUGUUUGGAAGAGAAACCGAGUGGGGUGAAGGAAAGGGGCUGGUUGGAAGCUCCAUCUUUAAAGGGACUUAAAAUGGUUGCAAGUUGGCAAUGAGCAGGUUGAUAGUUACACUGAGCCGCGGCGGGUGCUGCCUCACCUGGCGGCGGGCGCUGCCUCACCUGGCGGUGGCGCUCCUGAGUAUCUGACAUAUUGUUUGUGAGCUCUGAUGAAGCGAGCACGGUGUUGGCGCCGGCGCUGCAGGGAGAGGGCGGACGGGAAACGGGACACGCAUGCACCUGGAAGGGGCGCCUUAUGGAUGUUUUCGUCAUUGCUGUCCAUUUGUCUUCAAUCCACGGAUAUCGCCAUGCCAACGGGGCGGGGAUGCCUGAACACUUAGAGAACCAAUAGGGCUGCCGCUUUGUGUGUUUGCUGCUUGAUUUUAUUUAGCCAAUAGUACAAAUAACCAUUUGCCCUAUUGAAUGAACAUGGGCACAUCAGAACUGCUGGUGGUCUAGUCAAAGCCUUCUGCCCUCCUCCUUGGUAUGCCAUAGUACUUGCAUUUGAAGUGAUUCUUUUUUCCUCUUUUUAACUUAUCUUCCUUUUCUUUUACAUGGCUGUAGUACUUGUGUUUAUUUUUUAGAGAUUGUUGCAAUAAUUCUUGUGGACGUUUUAUCAAAAUACAUGUGUGUGUUUUUAUGAUAUGUCGGGCUUAUUUGGGUUUUGUAACCUGGUGUACAGUGAUGUUUCGUACCGGGUGAAGGUGGGUGCACCUGUCUAAAGUGUUGCAACACUGCUGAGGGUAGAGAAGUGUGCAGGCUGAUGGUAAUCCACUGGGGCGCUUUCAGAAACCUGCUUUUGGGUAAUCCAUUACCAUUGGGUCCCAAUUGUAAUCCAUUGGGUAAUCCGCCCUCUGGAGUCGGCUUUCAUCCUGGUACUUUCCGCUCCCCGUUAACGCCUCGGGUCCAGGUACUUGAAGAUGUGAUUACAUGGUAUGUUGCUGAUUACAUCAGGCAUCUCUGUUGUGUUGUUUUCUGUUUCAUCUCCUUCGUUUCCUCUGGGUCGUUCAGGACUGAGCACACGUGCAUAACUUGGAGGAUUUCUGAAUCAAACUACUGAAACAUUCCACUGUUUUUGAGGGAAUAUCACAACUACUGUCCACACCCGUCAGCAUGGAGGCACCAAAGACUUUAACGAGAUCGACCAUGCACAGCACAGAACAAGCAAUCCUCCUCGUCAUUGCCAGAAUAUCCAGGCAAUAACUUCAAACGCUUCAUAAAGUGUGGAUUUCACUCUAUGAAACGCAUGUGUGUGAGGAUUUAACAUGCAUACAGCACAGGUGUUUCUUUGUGGACUUUUAGCUACGAUGCCAUGAUAAAGUAAUUACCCCCUUGUAGAUAUCUUUUUUUUUCUCCACACACUAAAAUAUUUUAAAAAAUAACAUGAACAGCUUUAAAGCUGUCCCAACCAACAUAUCAGCCACAUUUUUUUUGGCUCAUUUCACUAUCCAUCUCAUUGUGUAAUUAUAACCAGAAUAAGAAAUUAUUUUAAUAGAACCCAACUGACAGUAGUGGGGAAAAAUAUGUCAAAAUGGUCUCUAAGGGAGAGUUCAAGGUUAAAACCAUGAAGCCCCGUCUUAUAUUUACCAAAAACAAAAAAAGUAUUUUUGCUGUACUUCUACUGCAAAUAUCUUAGUCUACUUGGAAUAAGACAAAACUAACUUACCAAAUAUGGAAGCAGAUUGUUCCACUUAUGGGAAAAACAUCUUAUUAGUGAGACAGUCUGCCAAUGGAACUAGUACUUUUUCAUCAAUAUUAAGGAAUUAUUGACUUAAAAUAAGCUCCUAUAUCUUGGUGAAAAAUUCUUUGCACGUUUGUUUUGUGUUAUAUUCAAUGCAUUGAGAUAUUUGCAGUAGAAACUAGACAGAAAUUACUUGGUAAGAAUUUGUGUUUUUGCAGCGUGGAACCAUGACUUCUGUUUCCUAGCAGAAAAGCGUGUUUGUUAGCCCAGUUUAACUAGAUUUAUGAAGUGGGACGAUGAUCCAAAACACAGCAAAUCAACCUGUGAUUGGCUGGAGUGGCCUCAGUAACUGGACUUAAGUCCAAACUUAAGUCCAGUUGAGAUGUUGUGGCAGGUCGGUUUCCUGCAUGAUGACUGUUUAAGAGAGACUUCAGUGCGUAGGAAGUGGGAGGGGUCUAAUGGUCGAAAGUCAGUAAGAAAGUCGUUAGAUUUGAUGCUAGCCGCGUUUUGAAAAAAAGUUGCUGGAGGCAUCUGAAAAGUUGUAAAUAUAGCGACAAAGUUGAUAAGGUAGCAACAGACGUUCUUCUGUCGAGACCACACCCCUCCACUCAUGCCCGCUCUUGGCCACGCCCCUCACCGUACCUUAGCUCUGCCUGCUUUGGUGGAAUUUUUCCAAAAUCGUCAUGGGUCGGGGCUAAGCUUUCACAGAGGAGGUAGUUGCAUUUAAACAGAACUUUCAUGCACAAAUACCCUUCAAUUUGGCUCAAAUAAUUUCAUGUUCCCUUAAUAAAUGAUGUUUCAAAUCAUCUUUUGAAAACUUCUAUUUGUAUUUACUCAGGUUAUCUUUGAUAAUAAGAUAUUUCUGAUAAUCUGAAACAUUAAAAAACAAAAACAGAAUAAAAGGGGUAAAUACUUUUUCACAGCGCCGUAUCAAAACAUCUUUUUUCUGUUUUUAUUUUGAAUUCUUCCACACAUUUACCUGUUUAAACGAAGCCAGAAAUGAAUGAUCAUGCCUUUUCUCUCGUUGUUUUCUGUUUUGUAUUGUCGUUGUAGGAAAGCUAAUUUUGAAAGGUUUCAGAGUAGACCUGCAAAAAUGAAUAACCCAAAAUGUAUGAAGCAUACUUUUAAAGGUCAUGGUCAUCUGCACAAAACGAAUGUAACAUUAUGUGACCCAACCACGUCUGUCAUGGCUUUAGAUUUCUCAGUGGGUGAUUAUUUUAUUAAUUUGUGACCCAUGCAUGGCACAAUAACUAUACAACUGGUUUCCAUCAAAGCCCCACUAAAAACCAACAAUGUAAUGUUGCCUAUUAUCAUAAUUAGGAUAUAUAAAUGGUCUUAUUUUUCCAGAAUGAAACAACACUGUGGAACUCGAUUUGUAUGAUAUGUUUGUCUGUUUCACAUAACCAACAUUUUACGGAUUACUGAGGAAAAAGAGGGUCAGAAAAGUGAGCAUCAUCGUAGAUAGAGUGCCCUUAAAAUUACCAAAAUGUGCUUAAGUAGCGUUUAAAAAUGUUUGGUGUUGCUGAGGUGUGUACAGCCUUCCCAGAUAGCAAUGUUAAUGUUAACUACUGCCUUCCAAAUAACCAACGAUACCUCCAAAGCUUUAAAAGGUGACAUUUUAAUUAGUGGAAACUGAAACAAGGCAGCGUGUCCAUCUCUCUGUCGUCCUCCUGUCAAAAAGCGCUCAAACUUCCAGUCCUGCUUAUGGCGUUGCUCAUCCCGACAAACAUUCCCGACAGUGUUACUUGCAGCGCCGCAGCAGUCGUUCUGAAACGACUCGCAGCUCGUUAAAAACACACCUGCAACACCUGCGCUGUAGAAAUACCUGGCUGGAGCUGCAGCUGCUUCCCAAAGGUCAAAGGAGAUGAAGGCAGGUGAGCAGGUAGAUACGUUAUGUCACAGAGAAAUGCAUAAUGUAGUUACACAAACAUUUUCCAAACCCCUUUGGGUACAUGUUAUUAUUAUUAUUAUUAUUAUUAUUAUUUAACCAUUCUGUUAAUUGGAUCUAUUCCUUUCGCUGGUUAUUCCUCGGGGGAAUUCAGGGUUGGGUGGUCAUGGUUUGAUGCCUUCAUUGACUGAUUCAAAUUAAAUUUUUCAACACCUCCAGUUAUAAUUAUUGUGUAUAAAACUUGCUAAAGAGAAAUAACUGCUUACUUGAAGUAACGUAGGUCCUGAUUUUAUAACAGAAUUAUUGUACAUACUAUCUAUUGUUUUUUAUGAGGAAUCAUGUAACUUGAAUGUGCUAGUUAGAUUUGAAAAGUUUUGUUUUUUUUCGGUUUUAGUUUCUUUGGGAAAAUAUUCAACUUACAUCAGAAAUCAGAGCGGUACCGAAUUUAAUUUUGUUUUCUGGGGACUACUACACUUAAAAAAAUUUAAAAAUAUGUUUCAGACUCUUUGGUAGAAGUAGAGAUGAUUUGAUUCUAACAGAAAAUGUAAUUUAAUAUAUAAGAUUUUUCUUAUCUAUGCAUAAAACUUGUGUUUGUAAUCUUUAUCAGAUGUUUUUUUAUUCUAAAAAAAGUUAGGAAAAUACCUGCUGUUGUGUCUGUGGACUGAAAGUAAUGAAAGUUCUUAGUUUUGAUGCGUUUAAUAAUUUUUUUGUGUGAAGGAAGAAAUUGGCCGAUUCAAAUAUUCCCUAGAAACUAUGAAUGGUAAAUAAUAAGUUAACAUUUAAAGGACCGAGAAUAAGAGCGCAUCAAACCCUGACCCCCUUUUUUGCGUCUAUUGCUGUAUGGUUUCUCAAUGUUGUGAUAUUUAAUUCUUUGUCAAUGAAGCUAACGUGUGCUGCAGUAUUUCCUAGUAUACAUCUCUGUUGAUGGUCUUUUCUUAAUUAGUUUUAUCGGGGAGUGAUGUCUCUUUAUUUCAAUUUGUUAUUGUAGCGUUUUAUGUAUACCCUGUUCCUUAGCCUAAUAUUAUCAAGUAUGUUAUGAGAAUGGAUAUUUUACUGGCUUUAUAGAAUGUUUUAAAAUAAAUAUAAUAUUGACAAUAAGAAAAAGAGGAUUAUUUAAACCUCCUAACACGUUGACUACAUGCUACUAAGCGCUUGUGUUUUUCCAUUAGGAUAUUGUGUGCUUCUCUUAAUCAUUUUCGUUGUAGAAAAAAUGAGUGAAUUUAUAUUAGGCUUUGAAAAACUAAUGACACAAUUGUAAAUUUUACAGGAGGACUUUUAUUAGACAAACAGCAUCAUCAGAUAGAAGAGAAUAGUAAUUUUAAUUGUCCUCCUUACUAACUGUAGGAUGAGAAGGGGCUCGCGUUGUGGUGAACUAUGUUCUAGCUUGUUAUUCACUGUUACUUUUGAUCAUUUUUUGGGUCUCAGAGGUGAAUCGAGUUAAUGAGAAUUUGUAAGCUCACAUAUGCAUAUUGUAUAUGUGUAGAAAUGUAAUCACACUUUGUCUUGGAUUAACAUUAAACUGUCAAGUCACGGCAA